GGAGGGGGCGCCGAAGGCCCUGCGGAGCCAGGCGGGCGGCGGCCGCGCGCACCUGCUGACGCCGGAGGGCAGGGUCGCAGCCCGGGUGCCGGAGGGUUACCGCGCGCGCCCUAAGGCAGCGUCCCGGGAGACACGGUCCUGGCGGCGGGGCCCUGGGGACAAGCACGUGUUUGUCCGAAAGCCCCUCGCCUCUCCAGGCAGCCCGGUCGCUGUGCGCUCCGGUAGCCAGAAAGUUGCAACUCGGGACCUUUGGUCAGAAAACUGCGGCGGCGGGACUCCUAGCAGCCAGGCCUCGGUUGCCACACUGUUGCUAAGGGGCUGUGUGGUCGGGGUAGGUGGGAAGCCUGGAAUUCAGGGGCACGCGGGUCCGGGCAGAGGGAACCGCCCUGGUUCUGGGGACGUGAUCCGAAGCCACGGCGCAGGCCCUUGCCAGGGACAGUGCGGAUGGAGGGAGGGCUCAUGUCCCGAAUCCGCUCCCGCCCGUCGGUGGUCACAAGCAAUGACCAUUCAUUCAACAGAAGAGGAUGAGAUGGGGACUUCUCGUUACGAAAUAAGCUAACGUUUUAGUUUUUCCAGGGGCUCUGCUAUUCGGGAACCGCCAUGAAUGGUGCAGACAGCGAAGAUCUGUUCAUUGACAAGCCUCCCAGACUCAAGAGCUCCAAAGAAUGGUUGGAACCGCAGCCACUUCCUUUCGUGGAGGCAUUUGCCAGAGAAGAUACUAAUGCAGCUAUUAAAUCAAUAUUAUAUAGAGAAAAUUAUAUAAAUAAGGAAUUAGAAAAGUAUUUACAGCAUCAUGACUUCUUAAAUACAAGAAGAAAAGAGAUGUUAUACAAAAGAUGGGUUGACCAUGUGGCAGGUCCUCUCCAGAAAAAAAUCAUGGAGAAAGUUUGUUCACAUGAGAAGAUUAAAAAAAGGAGACACCAGGAAUUAGAUACCUUCUUAAAAUACGUAAAUAAAAAGGGAAGUGCAUUCAUAGAGCACUAUGACCCAAAAGAGUACGACCCUUUCUACAGGCACAAAGAGGACCUGGAUUUCCUGAAGGUUAUCAUCCCACCAUUUCGUGACCCUUUGAAAAAGGCACAAUAUGACAAAGAUGAUGAAAAAAGAACUCUUCUUCAGUGUGAGACUGGCAGAAUACAUACAAUGAAAGAAUUUAAAGAGGUUGAGAAGGCCAAACUGUAUUGCAGAUUUCCACAACUUUCUAAUUCAAGGUGCUUUGUGACUCCAAAUGAUUGGCUUAAACUGUCUGCAAACUACAUAGAAAGUGACUUUUGUAAAAGGAGCAGGUUAAAGGUGAAGAGUAAUUUCAACGCUAGUAGUUUUGAUUUGAAACACGUGACCAAAGUGCCUCAUCUUCCGGGAUCCCAGGAAGGAGAAAAAGCAGUUCUUUGCAAAAACGAAGGGUUAUGCUCUCUGGAAAAAGGACUGCUACAUUCUCAGCAGGGAAAGCGUCCAAGUCCCGAGGAGGCCAAGGCUGAAAGGCCCUCCUUGAGCCUCAGCCUGAAGGCAGAGCGGAGGGAAGACCAGGAUGCGGUUUCGGCAGCCAAGGAACACACAUCCUGACCCCGGACUGGCCGAGAGGACACGGGAAGGUUGCUCUGGAGGAAGCCACCUGGCAGCAGGCAUCAGGGUGAGGACCACGGGAGGCGCUCAGGGCCGUCCUGGGUCUGAGAAAAGCAUCUGCAAUAAACCUCAC